AAUUUUGCCAUUUGUGCCAUUUUCAACCCACCAGACAAAAGUGGUCAACUUUGUAAUUUUCACUACUGUGCUUUGGUGUUCACACCUAUGUUCUUCACCGCAGUAGAAAUUUCCACAAAAUUCUGACACAUAAACGUUGAAUCCAAAUAAACCAGUAACACUGCAUGUGUUUUUGGUUGUCAACAAACUAAAACAGUGCAAGGCAAAAAGAAGAGAAGCAUAGAGAGUAUGGAUUUCAUUUUGAAGGCUUUUGCUGUUUUAGAAUUAGUAUUGGUGAUAGUUCACUCUAGUGCUCAUGCCUUGAGCAGAGAUGAGUUCCCUCCUGACUUUGUUUUUGGUGCAUCAGCUUCAGCUUAUCAGGUUGAAGGUGCAGCAAAUGAAGAUGGAAGGAAGCCAAGCAUAUGGGACACUUUCUCCCAUUCUGGAAAUGGGAAUAUGUUUGUAGGCGAUGGAGAUGUUGUAUGUGACCAAUAUCACAAAUAUAAGGAAGAUAUUCAGCUCAUGGCCAACAUGGGUUUAGAAGCCUACAGAUUUUCCAUAUCAUGGUCAAGGCUUAUUCCAGAUGGAAGGGGACAAGUGAAUCCCAAGGGACUACAGUAUUACAACAACUUUAUUAAUGAAUUGAUAAGCCAUGGAAUCGAAGCACAUGUUACAUUAUAUCAUUGGGACCUACCACAAACACUUGAGGAUGAAUAUGGAGGAUGGGUUAGUCGAAGAGUUGUGAAAGACUUCACAGCAUAUGCAGAUGUGUGCUUUAGAGAAUUUGGAGACAGAGUAAGGUAUUGGACUACUGUGAAUGAGGGCAAUGUGCAGGCAGCAUUCGGCUAUGACGUAGGAUUUUUACCACCUCAGAGGUGUUCUUCCCCUAUAGCUAACUGUUCAAGAGGAAAUUCCUCAACAGAGCCAUAUUUGGCUGCCCAUCAUAUGUUGUUAGCACAUGCUUCAGCUGCCAGGUUGUAUAGGAAGAAAUAUCAGGGCUUGCAGAAUGGCUUAAUUGGGUUUAAUCUCCUUCCUUUUGGUCUUCUUCCAAAAACAAAUUCUACUGAAGAUAUAACUGCUACUCAAAGGGCUCUAGACUUCUUCAUUGGUUGGUUUAUGAAUCCCUUCACAUUUGGAGAUUACCCUGAUAUAAUGAAGAAAAAUGCUGGUUUAAGGCUUCCUUCCUUCACUCAAAAGGAAUCAGAUCUGGUUAGGGGCUCAAUCGACUUCUUAGGAAUAAAUUUUUACUACUCAUUUUAUGUCAGGGACAGUCCUAGCAGCCUGCUGAAUCACAAUAGAGACUACCUAACAGACAUAUCAGUGGUAUUUGAAAGGGUUGAUCUAAAUGACGGAUUUAACGGUCAGGUUCCAAUUACUCCCAGUAUUCUCCUAGGGAUGUUAGACUCACUAAGGAAUGAAUAUGGCAAUAUUCCCAUUUACAUACACGAAAAUGGUCAACAAACACUUCAUAAUUCAUCAUUAGAUGACUGGUCGAGGGUGAAUUUCUUGCAUGCAUACAUAGAAAGCUUGGCUGUUGCACUGAGGAGUGGAUUAAAUCUUAAAGGUUAUUUUGUGUGGUCCUUCAUAGAUGCAUUUGAGUUAUUGGUUGGAUAUGAAUAUAGUUAUGGUCUAUACUACGUAGAUAUGAAUGAUCCAAACUUGAGGAGGCAACCUAAGGUUUCUGCUGAAUGGUACUCAAAUUUUCUGAAAGGGAAGCCUGUGGACCCAAAGAUCACAAAGGAAACUCAGAAGAAUGCAAGUGAGCUUUCACACAAUCCCUCACUGCAUAGUGCCACAUACAGUAAUCAGAACACGUUUAAACUUCAGAGUGAAUAAAUUUUAUGAUGUCAAAAUCAUACGAAACUUUUAGAUUUUGCUCAUUGUAACACUUUUCAGUCCUCGAACAGAAAUAAGGCAUACACAAGCACUAGUCCCACCCAUACUUAGUGGAAUUAUCAUUGAACUAUGGAUGUUAGUAACUUGAACUUAGUAUAAUUUAAUAUGGCAUACUUAGUGGAAUUUACUCA